AAAAGGUGGAAACUUCUUCUUCUUCUUCUGCGUCGCUCCACAGCGGGGUCCUGACCUAUCAGACAUCAUGGAGACGGCUGUGAUGAGCCUGCAAAGCUUAUACGACAACCUGAGGACGCAAGUGGACCUCCUCAAUGACAACAUCGAACCCAACUUCAUUCAGAUGGCACAAAACUUCGAUGACUGCCGUCGCCGGUGGCAGAGGGCCGAGCGGGAUCUGGGGUCCUGCAAAGAGAUUCUCACCAAAACCGAGACGGAGAGAGGAUCCCUGGAGGUCAAACUGAAACACGCCCGCAACCAAGUGGAUGUGGAGAUCCGGCGCAGACAGAAGGCCGAGGCCGACUGCGAGAAGCUGGACCGUCAAAUUCUGUUGAUCCGUGACCUUCUGACCAGCGAAGGAUCCAGCAACAGCAUCCAGCUGAGUGCAGAGCAGCGCUCGGCUCUGGCCUUCCUGAACCCGAACCCUCAGGCCUCAGCCACGCUGAACACCAGCCGGAGACUGAAAACCAUAGACGAGUCCGCCUCCAUCUUGUCAGAUAUCAGUUAUGACAAAACGGACGAUUCUCUUGACUGGGACUCGUCCAACGUGAGGACGGUGCGUCUCAAGAAACGAGAGAAAAGGCGCUCUUCCAGAAACCGAGUGGAUGGUCCUCCUCUCGCCUCCAAACGGAGUCGAUCAACAGGCAGAACUUCAGAGAGGGGAAAUGAGACUCUGGUCACAACGACCACAGUGACUGUCCCUGCUGAUGGAGGACCUGUUGAGGCCAUUUCUACCAUUGAAACUCUUCCUUACUGGACUCGCAGCAGGGGAAGGCCUGGUGAGAUAUUAUUAUGAUGAAAAAUGUGUCCCUGGGCACUUCUUAAUACAUACAUAACCAAACUAAUCGUCCCCGAGGUGGAGCAGAGACACGCGCCCGGCACUCCUCAGAGCACCGGGGGGGUCCGUCUCCACGAGUUUGUCUCCAAAACUGUCAUUAAGCCCGAGUCCUGCGUGCCGUGUGGAAAGAGGAUCAAGUUCGGCAAGAUCUCACUGAAGUGCCGCGACUGCCGGGUGGUCUCUCACCCCGAGUGCCGCCAGCGCUGCCCCCUGCCAUGCAUCCCCACCCUGGCUGGAACCCCGGUCAAGAUCGGCGAGGGCGUGCUCGCCGACUUCGUCCCCAGCACAUCGCCCAGGAUCCCUCCUCUCGUGGUCCACUGCAUCAGUGAGAUCGAGCAGAGAGGCCUGCAUGAGGCUGGACUGUACCGUCUGUCCGGGUCCGAUCGCACAGUGAAGGAGCUGAAGGAGAAGUUCCUCCGCAGCAGAGCCGUUCCCGUGCUGAGCAAAGUGGACGACAUCCACGUGGUCACCUGCCUCCUCAAGGACUUCCUGAGGAACCUGAAGGAGCCUCUCCUCACCUUCCGCCUGAACCGCACCUUCAUGGAGGCAGCCGAGGUUUCCGAUGACGACAACAGCAUCGCUCUGAUGUACCAAACCAUUAGCGACCUGCCAAUGCCCAACAGAGACACGCUGGCUUUCUUAGCCCUUCACCUUCAGAGAGUCGCUGACAGUCUGGACACUAAGAUGGACGUCAGUAACCUGGCUCGAGUUUUUGGACCAACUAUCGUGGGUCAUGCUGUUGCCAAUCCAGAUCCAAUGACAAUCCUGCAGGACACGAAGCGCCAGCCCAGGGUCGUGGAGCGGCUGUUGACUCUGCCGGUGGAAUACUGGGCCCCCUUUGUGAACGUGGGCAACGAGCAUCCGAACUUGGACCACCUGAUCAUCGAGAAUGCAAACUGCUACACCCCCGAGAGAGGUAAACCUUUAUUGAGCAUGCUGGGACCUCUGACCACGCCGGAGCACCAGCUCAACAAAACCCCGUCCACCAGCUCCUUGUCCCAGCGCAUGAAGUCCUCUCUGACUCCCAGAUUUGGGAGCAAGAGCAAGUCGGCGGUUGCAAUCGGGCGCCAAGGAAAGUUCUUCGCAUCGCCGCUCCUCAAAUAGAGCGGCUACAUAAAACCUUUUAUUCAUUCAGCAAUAUUGAAUAACUCGUAGC